GAGUACUCAGGGUAACGAGGAAGAUGGUUGGCUUUAAGAGCUUCGUAGCGCGUCUUAUAUUUGCAGUGUUCUUUCUAGCCUCUCUCCCUUCGCCAACCAACGGCUCGGUUGACACCGGCAGGCUACGACCGCUCCCCUGGAUGCGACCUGAGUACAUCGUCGCAGUAGAGGGUGUUGUCUACUGCAAGUGCCAACUCCCAGGCUAUCUCGAGUCUCUAAAUGCUUCCCCUCUUCCUGGUGCGGUGGCCAAGUUGCUGUGCUACAAUGGCAAGCAGAGGGUAUCGACGAGGGGAAUUACGGAUGUUAGAGGAUAUUUUCUGAUCCGAACAACCAACGUGUCAAGCUCUAUGAUCCCUACCUGCAGGCUUUUCCUGGCGAAGUCGCCAUUGCCGGGCUGCGAUGUGCCAGCACCAGGCAAAUGGAGGGGAUUUCCUCUCAGAUUCGAGAGAAACAUUACGGUGGGUUCCACUCAACAAGCCCUCUACACCGCAGGCUUAUUUAAGGUGGGUCCGGCUACAGCUGCCUCGUGUCCCCACCACCCUUGAUGUCCUGGUCUCUAAGCCUUUGAGAUGUGUCCCACAGCUUAGUUUGCGAAUUAGUGUCGUUGCAUGAGUUCUUCUUUGUAUGUGCUAUGAACAUUCUAGUCUAAGUUGUUGCUGCA